AUGGGGCAGUGUGGGAUUACGUCAUCCAAAACCGUCCUGGUUUUCCUCAAUCUUAUAUUCUGGGCGGCAGCAGGUAUUUUAUGCUACAUCGGAGCCUACGUCUUCAUCACCUACGAUGACUACGACCACUUUUUCGAGGACGUGUACACACUCAUCCCAGCCAUCGUCAUCAUCGCUGUGGGCACCCUUCUCUUCGUCAUUGGUCUGAUAGGCUGCUGUGCUACCAUACGUGAGAGCUCCUGUGGCUUGGCCACUUUUGCUGCCAUUUUGCUGCUGGUGUUUGUAACAGAGUGUGUGGUGGUGGUGCUGGGCUACAUCUACAGGGCAAAAGUGGAAGAUGAGGUGAAUCACUCCAUUCAGAAGGUUUACAAUGAGUACAAUGGCACUAACACGGAUGCUCCCAGUCGCGCUAUCGACUAUGUGCAAAGACAGCUGCACUGCUGCGGUAUCCACAACUACUCGGACUGGAGGAACACUCGCUGGUUCAAAGAGUCUAAAAACAACAGCGUCCCUGUCAGUUGCUGCCAGCCCAAUAUCAGCAACUGCACCGGCACCCUCUCCCGGCCAGCAGACCUCUACCAAGAGGGUUGUGAAGCUCUGGUCGUGAAAAAGUUGAAGGAGAUCAUGAUGUAUGUCAUUUGGGCUGCACUAACUUUUGCAACGAUACAGAUGCUGGGCAUGCUUUGCGCUUGCGUGGUGCUCUGUAGGCGAAGUCACGACCCUGCAUACGAGCUGCUGGUCACCACCAACAGCUACGCGUGA